AUGCAGCGGGACUUUGGAGACCGACACAACCGUCCCAGAGACUUCUUCAUGUGGCAUGACUAUCUGGGUCUCAGAGCCAUGGUGGCCCGGAUGAUGCGCACGGGUGAGAUCGGACAGCUCGAGUCUUCCUCACAAGGCGCGUGGACGGGGCUCGAGGAGCGCUCCUGGUGCCCUGAUGCCACCCCGGGAACUUCAGGUAGCAGUGCGCGCUCGCCGGGGAGCCAGGGCCUCGGGCAGACCGUGGAGAAAACCGUGUGCGGCUUCUGCAAGCAGAAUGGAGAGAGCGCGGAGAUCUACACGAGCCACCGGCUGAAAGCGCGCAACGGCCGCGUGCUGUGUCCCGUCCUGAGGAGCUACGUGUGUCCGAUCUGCGGAGCCACCGGGGACGCGGCGCACACCCGCCACUACUGCCCCGCGCGCGAGCUCGCGCACAUCCCCUCUGACGUCAUCGCCCCUGCAGUGGGCUCGCGGUACCUGCAGCUCGUUAACGAGGUUCCUGUUAAGACCGGAUCUCAGGCCAUGUCAAUGUAA